CUUGGAAGGUGGGGUGGAUUUGUAAGAGACUCAAGUGGGCUCAUAACCCAUUUACAAGAACAGAAAACUAAAAGGGGAAAAGAAAGAAAAGAAAAGGAGGAAAUUUUCAUCAUUCUUUUUCCUAGUUCGAUACAGUCAAGCAAAGGGAAUUUUUUCUGUGAUUAUUGGGGUGGGAAAAGAGGACCCCAGAAUGAAACUCAGAAGAUUUCUAUCGAUCCAUGUUCUAUCAUUGUUUCUUUUUAUGGGAUUUCUGUAUUAUGUGACGAUAUUCAUAUUUAUCGAAGAUUGGUUUGGGUUACAGAGCUCAGCUGGCUUGCUAAACUCUCUGAUCUUAAGUAUUUCCACUUUUAUGUGCAUGUUUGCGUUUGUGGCGUGUCUGCUCUCGGACCCCGGCGGCGUUCCAUCUGGUUAUGUCCCUGAUGUUGAAGAUGGCCAAGGCCCAGAUCACGAAAUCAAGAAAAGUGGUGCACAACUGAGGCAAUGUGACAAGUGUUCUGGACACAAGCCUCCCAGGGCUCAUCAUUGUCGUGUCUGCAGAAGGUGUGUUCUUAGAAUGGAUCACCAUUGCUCCUGGAUUAAUAAUUGCGUGGGCCAAAAGAACUACAAGCCGUUUCUUCUUUUACUCUUCUAUGCAACUGUUGCAAGCACUUAUUCUGCGAUUCUUAUAACAUGCAGCUCACUUCAGAAAGACUGGGAUUCUACUGGCAGACAUCGUCUCAAGACCUUUCACGUUUGUUGUGUGAUUGGUAGUGUAUGUUUAAGUUUGACGCUUGGAUCUCUGUUCGCCUGGCAUGUAUACCUAACGUCCCGUAACUUGACAACGAUAGAGUACCAUGAGGAAAAACGAGCUGCAUGGUUGGCAAGGAAAUCCGGGCAGAGCUAUCAUCAUCCUUAUGAUUUUGGUUUUUACAAAAAUAUUACCCUGGUCUUGGGUCCGAACGUGAUAAAAUGGCUUUGGCCCACGGCUAUCAGUCACAUCAAAGAUGGACUUAGCUUCCCGACUGUACGUGAAAGCUCAUGACAUGAUCCAGCCGAACAAAGACUCAUGCAGGCAGUCUUUUUCCUCUCCAGUAGCAGUUGAUGACCUCAAUUAUAGAUCUGAUCUGCUCGGGGCUAAAUCACCGAGCAUCUUCAGAUCCCUGGAACGGCUGGAUAUCGUGUUAUGGUCUAAAACGGUAUAACUAUUACUUUGAAAACCUUGCGCUGGGCUUUUGUGAUUCUACGCCAUACCCAAUACAAUAAUCAGUUUGAUAAUGUUGCUCUAGCUCCAUGCGGUAAAUGUGCAGAGUGUACAAGUAUAUAGAAUACUGCUGUUAUCUGUAGACAUUCUUUCUGAAUAGAUUUGUGUAUAAAAUUUUCCAUCACCUAUUAUACGUUGUAUUGUUUACAAUUAUUAAACUGUCUCAAGUCCGGAAAUAUCGGCAUCAUGCA